AUUUUUUGACAACGGCAGUAACUGACAUUGGACGGUUCCAGACACCCACUCUUCUAUGUACCUACUGUAUUAUUGCUCACUAUAAUUAUUCUAGUCGUAUUUGAUCUAAUUGAGGCACGUUCACAUGGCACUGUUCAUUACUAAAAACACCGCGGCGUCCCGUCGUUUCGCUGUGAAUGCUUUUUAGUUGUCCCCAGUUCGCCACAAAGUUCGUCAUAGCUAAAUGGGCACCAUCGGCGUACUGUCACCCGCUGCUUACCCCCAUCGAAUUAUCGGCGUUGCCUCUGAUCCCCUUCUUUACUUUCUACUGUAGACGAGCCACCGAUAUACGAAUGCGUGAAUGUAGGUUUAUAAGGAGAUAAAUGGGUACCGCGGGAGCAUCAAACAUAUAAUUGUAGACAUGGCUGCUGGUACUAUUGUCAUUUGUUUGAGAAAGGGGAGACGCGGGGCAGACGAUCGUGCCGUCAUUAUGCGCCACCACUAGCACCGCUGCUUCGGCCAUGAAGAUGGAAAUGACGUUCUAUCGUCGUAGACGCUUAUUCUUCUUCGUCUCCAGCCUUCCGUUUGCUUUUAGUCGGUCGCCUGGUCGGUCUGCUCGUCAGUGUUUGCGUCCCUAUAGGCGAGGGAGUGCAACUGGUGUUUCGGUCUCCUUCCUUCGAACAAUGUCUGCGUUUGUUGGUUCGUCUACCGUCCGACUACACUUGUGCGUUUUAUAUAUGUGUGUGUAGAGCAUGCGUAAAUCCGGAUGUGUGCUUAUUCACCACCACGUACCUUUCCUUGUUUCCGUCUUACCUUGGCUCUGUGGGACGAAGGUCGUUAUCCUGAUGGAGCUGAUGAUACUAAUAGUCGCUGCAAGAGAAACACAACGCGGCGGUUGUGCCGUACUGUCAACAGGCUGAUUCUGCCAUCCACAGUUGUUAACAACGAUUGCUGAGCACGCAUUCGGUAAGGAAUGUGUCUCCUUACUUAAUUUUCAGACAGGUUAUAAUGUUCUACAUAGAUAACAUAGUUGUUAUCAUUGCACUGCCUCAUCAUAAAUACACACUCCGUUUGGUUUGGUGUUACCCGUGAUAAUUUUUCCUGCUUUCACGCUUAUUCUCUAUGAGCCUUGUACAAUGCUUACAUUUGCGCCGUUUGUAUGUCCUACGACUUUUACCUUUUGACGAUAACAAUAGUCGCAAACACUCAAACACAAGCAUUACAAUAAUGAGGAAGAGACGCCAUGCACGUGGCCUUCAUCGUGGCCGUUGCUCCUGAAGUGGUCGUUGUGGGUGGCGUUUCAAGGGAUUGAUCACAAUUCUUGCUUUAUCGACUGCAAAUAAUAGAAGUACUUUCAGGCGAAGCGAUAGCUGGCAGGUCACUCGCGCAUUGCUUUCGCUAUUGUUAUGCUGAGGGCAAUACCGCACCGUGCCGGAACGGCUGCCGCUACUGCUUUCAGCGAGGAUCAACAACGCUACCUAGCCGCGUUUCUGUCGUUGCCGCUGCUACCGUAUCGGAACGUACUCUCCGGAUGAUCCACCACCGUUGGCUAGCAGCGGGAGCCGCAACAGCUCCUUCCUUAACACUACCACAGCUCCGAUAAUGAUGAUUGUUGUUAUGAUUAUUCAACUUCGCUUCACCCUGUUGUCACUUAACGAUAACAUCAGUCGGCAGCGGACGACUGCGGUUUGGCCCGAGGCAACGGCGAAGCCAGCGAAUAGACAGAAGAACAAAACUCAUGAAGGUGACGAGACACUAAAGAGGCGUCGAUUUGGAGCCCAAGGUGUAACACUAGACGAUGGGAUCGCGCACAAUUCACAGAGUGAGGAAGUGAUGGCUUAUCGAGAUUCAUCGACUUUUCUUAAGGGUACUCAGUCCGCAAACCCGCACAACGAUUACUGUCAGCAUUUUGUCGACACCGGCCAGAGACCACAAAACUUUAUUCGUGACGUCGGCAUCCAGGAUCGGUUUGAAGAAUAUCCCAAGCUCAAGGAGUUGAUUAAGUUAAAGGAUGAGCUCAUUCAUGAAACGGCUACGCCUCCAAUGUAUCUUAAAUGCGAUCUCCUACAGUAUAAUCUCCGUGAGCUAAAUGGGAAAUUUGAUGUCAUCUUGAUCGAGCCCCCACUCGAAGAGUACCAAAGAUCUUGUGGAGUGACAAACACGCGCUUUUGGUCUUGGGAGGAAAUUAUGAAGCUCGAAAUUGAAGAGGUUGCUGCACCUCGAUCUUUUGUCUUCUUAUGGUGUGGUUCUUCAGAUGGCUUGGAUCUUGGACGACAGUGUCUUCGAAAAUGGGGAUUUCGUCGGUGUGAAGAUAUCUGUUGGAUCAAGACCAAUAUCAACAAUCCAUCGAAAGUAAAAAACGUAGAGCCUCGAGCAGUGUUUCAACGAACCAAGGAACACUGCCUUAUGGGAAUCAAGGGCACAGUUCGGCGUUCAACUGAUGGUGAUUUCAUUCAUGCAAACGUAGACAUUGAUUUGAUUAUUUCUGAAGAACCUCCAUUUGGAAUGAUGGAGAAGCCAGAAGAAAUUUUCCAUAUUAUAGAACACUUCUGCCUGGGUCGCAGAAGGUUGCAUCUUUUUGGAAGAGAUCUCACUAUACGCCCAGGAUGGCUGACACUGGGUCCCGAGUUAACUAAUUCCAACCUGAACACGGAGGCUUAUAACGCGCACUUCAACCGUACAGCGAAUGACUACUUAACGGGAUGCACCGAGAGGAUCGAGGCUUUAAGACCAAAGUCUCCGCCUCCAAAAAGUGCCCUUGGAGGUCCGAGUAGAGGUCGAGGGAGAGGCGGCAUACAACGAGGUAGACCACCGCCAGUGUGAAGCCAAGAUAACUGUAAGGAAAUUCUGAUACACAUGCUAGAAGACGAAAUUCAUGCAGCAUGAAUGGGCCUCGCGUCAGCAGCACAAGUAAAAUGGACAGUAUCUGUAACCAUACUGAUCGAUCAUGCCUUCUCACAUAGCCGAAAUUGUAUUUUUGUGCUUACUGGUUAGCAAACGUACCGAAAUAACUGUAUACGACUAUGAUGCCGGUUUAUGCCGCGUGGAUGCUUAGAAUUGAAUUAAAUUUUCCACUUACGUUGUUUUUUUAUAUGAUAUUUAUUGAUCAUUUAUUGAAAUACAGCAAAGUUUACAGGUAGAACAAGAACUUCUUAUAUAUAGAGGUUUGUACAUGGCAUUUGUACACGUGUUUUAAGGCAGAGUCUAGGAUUUGGGAUUUCUCAGUAGAGAACUGUUUAAACAAUGCGAAAAAUACGAAAUGACAACGGUUCAUCAAGAGGACGCAUAUGUGACAUGCAUUUGACUACUCGCGUGCGAACGAUAUUGAAAGGGAAUGCCACCAAAAAGGCUUAUAUUAUUCGGUAAUGUACACCUGUGAAACUGCGGUUGAAAGUGAGGCUAUAAUACAAAUAUUAUAUAUUCGGAUACAAUUGUCUUUACCAAACUACAGAGCUAUAAUUGUGAACGAUUAUACUGUCCACACGAUGCCCUUUAAGUAUAAAUAACAAAGGAGACGUAAUAAAAAAUAAAAUGGUUCAAAAUCUAUAUAUCGUUUGGCACAUCUAUCUUUCGCGUUGAUUCCCUGAUCUAAAAAUUAGCAUAGACUAAACGUGACAUGACGUCCUUUGUAGCGCAGCGUUUUCUGUUCAUACUUAUUUUCUUAAUCCCAUUCAGUACAGCUAUUGUCACGAGCUGAUCUCAUCGACAAUGUAAUGUAGCUUGUGCUAUAAACGGAUCAAGAAGAUAUGUGGUCAAAAGUUUGGCUGUACGAUAACCCCAAGUAUUAGGAUCUUUCCAAAAACAAAUAUUUUACUCAAAGUUGUAAGUAACAAUUAGUAAUUGACAACUUGUUUGAUUUCAUCUUUGAACGAUAAAUAAUAUAUUGCUUUUCCCGGUUUUAAAGGUUACACCCAUCGAAAUAACUAAGAAAAUUAUUAUUAGCAAAUCCAUUGCCUUCAGUUGUCGAGGGUCACAGAAGCACUAGUGCUAUUCUCCGCAUUCCUAUUUCACGCGAAGAUACAGCCCUUCAAGUUCGCAUUCUCUCUUCUUCAACCGCUUCAAUCAAAGCUUGGCUGGGCAUGCGUGCCAUCGUGGAACUACUUGCUUUUUAAGACUUUUUCAAAGAAUAGUUUCAAUAAGUAAGUUAGUAUUUUUGCUGAUCGGUAAUCGUGCAAAACUGUAAGGGAAAGAUUCAUAGCAAUCAUCCUGUAUGAUUCGUUUUAGAGUUUUUGUUGGCGA